AUGGCCGCCGCUAGGAAGUUCCCGACAGAACCAGAUAUACUUACUGCACUCGACGAGCCCCCGCGCACCGAAUGGAGCGAAUACAAUGACGCGGACCAUCUCGGAGCAUCCGGUGUGGAUGUCCAAGACAUGACGCGCAUGGGAAAGACCCAAGAGUUCAAACGUGCCUUUCGCCCCCUAGCGGCCCUCAGUUUCUCUGCCGUUCUACAAGCAACAUGGGAAUUUAUUCUGAUGGCCCCUACAUCCGGUGGGCAGUACCACUGGGUGUCUGAGUUUGCUGGCACCAAUUGGCAACGGUUCUUGAGUUACACAACAGGUUGGAUGGCUGUUCUGGCCUGGCAGGCCGGUGCUGCCUCAGGCUCGUAUCUUACAGGUACCAUCCUGCAAGGCCUCAUUAGCAUACGGGAUCCCGGCUAUAACCCUACACGGUGGCAGGGUACUCUGUUCGUCGUUGCAAUGGUUGCGCUUAUCUAUGUUUUCAACGUUUAUGCGUCUAGCUGGCUGCCCCGCAUACAGAAUCUGCUGAUGUUGCUGCACAUUGUCUCAUGGGUGAUUGUGCUGGUUGUGUUAGUUGUCUUGGCCCCUCACAGAUCAGCGAAGUCUGUUUUCACAGAGUUUCAGAACGGUGGCGGGUGGCCGACCCUGGGUGUUUCGCUCAUGAUCGGACAGAUCUCUGCCAUUUACGGUUCAUUGAGCUCCGAUGCUACCGCCCAUAUGUCAGAAGAAGUCAAAGACGCUAGUCGAUAUGUUCCAAUUGCCAUUCUCUGGGGUUAUAUUGUGAACGGAAUUCUCGGGCUGGCCAUAGUGAUCAUCUACCUGUUCUCGAUACCAUCACUAAGUGACGCGCUGAAUGAUCCCAGUGGAUUUCCAUUCAUUUACGUUUUCCAAAACUGCGUAUCGACAGCAGGCGUCAACGGUCUGACUUCAAGUAUAUUGAUACCGGUUAUAUUCAGCAACAUUCUGUUUAACAUUUCAACUGCACGCCAAACCUAUGCAUUCGCGCGUGACAAGGGGUUUCCAUUCGGAGCGUGGCUGGCGCGUGUUGAUCGGAAACGCAAGAUUCCUAUCAACGCCAUUGCCUUCUCGUGCCUCAUCAGCGUCUUGUUAUCAUUGAUCAACAUUGGCAGUGAUACGGCUUUCAAUGCCAUCAUUUCGUUAAAUGUUGCUGCCCUCAUGUCCACAUAUGCGGUGUCCAUCUCGUGUGUUUUAUACACCCGCAUCUGGCACCCCAGCCGUCUGCCCGAGAAGCGCUGGUCCCUCGGUCGUUUCAGUGUACCCGUGAAUGUAAUCGGGCUAUGCUACGUCAUCUUCGCGCUGUUCUGGUCUUUCUGGCCCCCUUCGCCUGGAUUUGACGCCAGCGAAUUCAAUUGGUCCGUCGUGAUUUUUGUUGGAGUUCUCAUCAUCAGUCUGGUUAUGUAUGCCGUACACGGGCGUUAUCAUUAUGCAGGACCUGUCGAAUAUGUCAGUCGCUCAUCGGUUAACCGUCUAUUGCUACGUGAUUAG